AUGGCCUCAACGAAUAACUUACAGCAACAACAAGUGAGGAGGGGCCAAUUUAACCAAACAAAGUUUGCGAGCAGUACUGUUUUUAAGAAUUUGAGUAUGAUAAGUUUUAGAGUGGGAGUUAUAUUGUUGUUCUUGUAUCAAAUUUACAACAUUUUGAUUGUAUUGAAUUUGCAUUACCACUUGGGGUUAACACAGAAUUCUAGCCUAAAUUGGAUAUACCGAUACAUUCCCGAUCUGUUGUUCCAGUAUGAUGCUGAGUUUUUCAACGACACCAAGUACAUGAAAACCCCCGGGGCACAGGUUAUGGUGGGCCCCACAAGUGACAUGUACUGGCCCAUCUUUCUAACAUUUUGUUUGCUGUCAUUUAUCGAAACGUUUAUUGCGUCAAUUGAAGGUAAGAAGCCUUACACAGAGAGUGGGAUCACAAUCUUUGAACAUUCCUUAGCGUUUCAAGAGUUUAGCAGUAACGGGGCAUUUUUCUUUGGGAGCUCCAAGUAUUACAAGCGACCAACGGAACAGGUUCUACUCACCACUUUAUUUCUGAUUUUGAAUCAUUUGAACAUCCACAUUGGUGCUAUUAUCAACGACAACAAGUAUAGGUUAAUCCCACUGACGGUUUUUGGUAUGACGUUUUUGGGUUAUUUUAUCAGCUCAUUUGUCAAUGGCUGGAGUUUUUUGCAGUUCCCGCUUAUAUUGAUUUUGACUUUCACGCCACAAGUGCUUAUAUUGUUUAUCAUAUUGAUCAGCUUAGCAAUCUUUUUGUUGGCCGUGGUUGUCAAUGGAUUCCGGUUGCAAGGUCUUAAUUAUGCUAGCUUGUUUAUGCGUGAUUCUAGAAAUGAUUUGGAUGAAGACGACACAAAUCUGUUAAUAAAGAACUUGAAUAUAAAUCUCAAUGAUGACUUCUACACGGCAUUGUUGAACGUGGGGAUCUUGGCAAUCACACUGGCAGGGAGAUCAAGCUAUAUUACCGAAUUGAGUCUAGUUAACGUCGAGGAUGAAACUUGGGUGGAUAGGAGCAUUUGGGAGAGAUUAAAGUGGGCAAGCCACUCCUCUCGAAAUGGGACGCCACGGGGUGUUGUCCAGUACUUGAAGGAAAACCACCUAGUUGGUUAUGGAAAUGUUAUAGCUAAACCUACACAAAGGCUAAUUUCCGGGAACUAUUUGGGCGAUUAUGAGAGCAGCACCGUCGGAGGAAGGACCAGCGUGUUGAAGAAAAGGUCUUUGUAUUUGAAGGAAAUGAUCGUGUACACUUGGCAAUUAUUGUAUGGUUUGGUGGUUGAUAGCUUUAUUUUGGAAUACAUACCAAACUUGUUUAGAAGAGUUGUUUUGGGUAAGAAGAUCCAGAAACGGCCAUAUUGGGAAGAAGAGACGGAAGACGAAUUUGAAAAGAGAAAGCUAAAGACCCCACCGUUUUUACGGAAAUACGUGACAAGAAGAGUUAAUCAUAAGAAAAAAGACUUGGUCAAUAUUGAUUCUUUCACACAAGAUGAGGUUUCUCAGUCGUAUGGUAGAAUAUUGCUUUCAUCCAACGACAUUUCAGAAGUUGAUAAUUCUGGUGAUUACAAUGAGGUUGUAGAAGAAGAAACCGAUUUGGAGUACGAUUCUGAUGUGGACGAAGUUAUAUUCACUCCAGGAACAGUGGCUUCUAGAAAUCCCGCAGGUAUACAACAAGCUAUAUUACCAAUACAUGAGUUAUUUGACGGUAAAGAAUUACAAGAUGUGCUUGUGUCAGGCAACUCGACAUACUUGGAUAUAUUACAGAAACACAUGCAAUACGGAGAGGAUAACGGAAGAUUGACUAGAUCCAAAUACCAAUCGUUAACAUUCCUGUCACUGCUGCUGUUGCAUUCGACGGAUAAAUUAUUAAAGAGAACUGAAGAGGAUAGUGAAGCUGCUAGAUUGUUGGAUAUAUUAAUUUCCAAGAGACUCGAAAAGGCGGAGGAAAGUCGUCUUGGUGAUGAUAGUACAAGAUCCUUGGAUUGUGUCAUCUGUCAGACAAAUGUUCGAGAAAUCAUUACCUGGCCAUGUAAAUGUUUUGCAAUUUGUGAGAGUUGUAGAUUGAGUUUGGUUAGCAAAGGAAUUGAAGGAUGUGUGUGCUGCAGAAGAGAAGUGGAAGGUGUCUCAAAAAUCUUUAUUCCAUAA